CGCGGCCUCUGGCUCCGGCUCCGCCUCGGCCGCUUCGGCUUCCAGGCCCGCCGCCUCCGCUACGCCUUCCGGCUCGGCUGCGUUUGCCCCUGCCGCCCCGGUCGCUGCCGUUGUCGCCGUCGCCGGCGCUGCCCUCCUCUUCUAAUUGCUUCUUCUUCAUGACCCGGCGCCGGUCAUUGCUUAACUCUUAUAGCCCAUCCCUAAUACAACUCUUCCGUGUUCGGUUAUGAGAAACGAUGCAUUACGUGAAGCGAGUGCGUGUGUGAUGAGUUUGUUGCAAUGUGGUUUGCCGCAUGCAACCGUCUGCGGGCGCUCCCCCUCGCUCAUACACGAUGGUUGUUGGUCCUUCUGCGUGGGUACCGUGGGAAAGUGGACGUCCUCCACCGGCAACAGGCACGACCAACACUGUUGUUGCGGCGCGCCAUCCGCAUCUCCUCAUCACCCACUGUCCAUCGUCCAGCAUGGACAUUUUAUCAGGCGAAAAGCUCUUCAUCGAAGAUGAGCAGAUAUUUGACUCGGCGCACGUGCUCACCGAGAGCAUCAAGGCACUCGGCGGGCGCGUCGUACCAUCUCGCGACGACGCCACAGGCAUCCUCGUAAACCCAGGCCACAAGUCCUACACCCCCUCCGCCGCGCAGAUUACCUACACCUGGCCCGCCCACUGCGCGGCCGCCGGCGCCCGCGUCGACCCCGCCUCCCUCCCGCCCCCCGUAAUUCUAAAUCACUGGAGACCGUCGUACGAAGGCCUCCCCGCGACCGUGUACGUGUCCGUCAACCUCCGGCGGAUGCACGUCGGCGAGGAGCCGCGCGCGACCAAGGCGGCGGUGGAGGCGUCACUCGCGCGUCUCGGCGCGCUCAUCGUGCCCAAGCGCAGCAUGGCGGACAUCAUGGUCAUCGAUCGCAAGGCCGCGUUCUUCACGGACAAGAUCACGAAGGAGGUCCGCUCCGCCGGCCGCGAUUGGCAGCGCUUUGCCGAGCGUGAGUGGGUCGAGGCGGUCGUGAGGGAGGGGCGCAUGCUUCCGCUCCAGAACUUGGAGGGCGAGAUCAUGCCGGGCCCAGAGGAGGGCGAGCAGGCUGCGCCGACGCCGCCUGCGGACGCGGCGAGCGAGGCACAGCAUGUCCAGGCCCCGGCGCCCGCGCAGUCUGAACUGCCAUCCGCUCAGCCCCUACCUCCACCAGCUCAGCUCGCACCUCCACCUCCUCAGCCCGCACCACCGCAGCCCACCGACGACACCGACGUCGACAUGGAUGGCGAGGGCGCCGCCGCUGUCGAGCCGCCCCCCACCUUCAUCCGCCCGCUCAGCCAAAAGGAGAAGGACGAGGAAGCCCGGCGGCAGCGUGAGGACAGCUUCGCGGAGGAGGACGACGACCCAGAUGCCAAGAAGGCGCCGGGGCGACCGACGGGGAAGUAAGUCACCUUCCCUGCAUCUGCUCACGCAGACCUCGCAACGAGUACACGCCAGAAGAUGACGAUCUCCUCUGCCGCUACUUGGCGCGGUACCAUCCCGGCGGAUCGUGGAGCUCGCGCAAGACGUAUCAGAUGAUGGUGAGCAUACGCACA